UAUCAAUCAUUUAUUAUCUCCCCUUAUUUGGUUGCCGUGUUUUGUGAAGUUUUCCCGUCUGGUUCAACUUCAAGUCAACUUUACAAGUGUUUACCAAUGCAUAUGAAGUCAAAGGGUUAUCUUUAAAGAUAUGGUCAGAUAUUUACUACCGACAAAUACUAAAUAACUUUUUGUUAAGAUGGAGCCCAUGGAACAUGACCAGUGGCGGGAAAGAAGUUUUGAGGCCAUGGAAACUAGCUGGAAAAAUUCAAGUAUGGAGGACAUGGAGUUAGAUGAAAUUGGUCGGCAGUCACCAUUUGGUCGACAACAAGCUGCAGUACACUACCCUCUACAACAUAAUGUUGCAGCCUGUAAUUUUAACUUUGCUUCAACUCCCAUGACUUCAACUCCUGUGAACUCUAUUCCUGUUAAUGUACCUAGAGAUAUAUUUCGUGGGGGAUCAGUACAAUUGCAGCAUAAAUUAUAUUCAGUUUCUGAUUUCCAAAAUACAAAUCCUGAUCGAAAUCAGAAUCAUGUGAAUUUUGUUAAUGAUGAACAACAGGCCUCAGAAAUGUGCAAGAAUCAAACAUCACCAGAAAAAUUAAAGUCUCAUGCAGAUAAAAUUAAACAAAUUCGAUCACUUUGUGAACCAUCCCCAAAACGUCAGAAAGUACAGAAACGACAUAGACCAAAGCAGAACUUAUCCAAAGAUACAACCAAAAGAUGUUGUUCCUGGUCAAAAUUCUUUUUAAUCCCAAGUUGUUUAAUUGUGUUAAGCUCUGUUAUAAUGCAUUUUUACAUUGAAUAUCAAUGUAGAGAAUUUCAAACGUUUAAGAAAGACAAUCUAAGGACAACAUUAAAAGAAAAUCUUUUUGGGCAGGAUCUAGCCAUUGACACUAUUCCAGGCUUACUAGACGAAUAUUUCAAAAGACUCAGUACCAAUAAUAGUACAAAGCCAUUGGUUUUAUCCAUUCAUGGCUGGACAGGGGUUGGUAAAAAUUAUGUCAGCAAAAUUGUUUCGGAAUAUUUUGCAUUCAAAACCCUCACAAAAUUUUUAGUGCCUUUGAAUUUUCCUCAUGAAAAAGAUGAUAAAUUGUAUAAUAAGCAAAUUGUUGAAUGGGUUAAAACAAACAUUUCUCAUUGCUGUGUCAAUUUCAUCUUAUUUGAUGAGAUGGACAAAUCGUCAAGUGGUGUUAUAUCAGGAUUAAAAACUGCUAUUAUUGACCAAUGGGAAACAAGCCAUUACAAAACUCCUGUGAUUUUCCUGUUGCUUAGCAACUCAAUGGGUUCAGAAAUAAACAAAGUGGUUUUUAUGUCUGAUAAACCAAGAUAUCAGAUUGACGUGGAUUCAGAGUUGACUUCCGUGUUUGCUGUCAACAAUGCAUGGUUUUCUGAUUUUGUUGCUCAAGAGUUAAUCGACAAUUUCAUUCCAUUUUUACCACUGGAAAAACAUCACGUUAUUGAAUGUAUUAAACAGGACUCCAUUAAGAAAAAUCUGGAUCUGAGUGCGGAUAAACUAGACAAGAUAUUGAAAGAAAUGACUUUUGUCAGUAUUCGAGAUAGACUGUUCUCUAGUACUGGAUGUAAGAGAGUUUCAGACAAGGUCGAUCUAGUCAUGUAUAAUUAUUAACACUAACAGUAUUAAUAUUAUGUAAAAAUGAUUUGUUUGUUUUCAUAUGUAUAUUAUUAUAUUGUUUUUUUAUAUAAUCCAGAAUAUAUAUUUAUUUACUUUCA